UUUUGGUCAGCCAAGUUUCUCUACAUCUUAGCCAGUGAUUAGUUAAGUUUAAGGAUAUUGAUUUUGUCGAGAUAGCCUAUUAUAGGCCUAGCCUACUUCAAGAAUUUCUCUCAUUAAUUGUUUCUUAAGGGCAUAACUUACAAGAUCAACUAACCUAUUUCGAUGUGACCAGCUACUUUUCAAGAACAUAAAAUCUUGUACCGUUGUUAUUAAUAAUGAAAAGACAACAAGUUUUGAAAAGAAAAAAAAUUGACAGUUGAAAUACUAUACCUGUGAUCACCAAUGGAUCCUGUUGGUUCAUGGAGUGCAUACGCUGCUAGCUACAAUCGUCUCACAGGAUCAGCCAGCAACGGAGACUACCCCCACCACCUGGCAGCUACCAACCCAGGGCCCUCUCCUUCCACCACCUCUCCGUUACUGCUACAGGCUGCUCACCCAACCUCCUCCCCAGCGUUUACUCCCAGCAGUUUUCUCUCCCCCCCACCAGUGGGUUAUGACCCUGUCUUUUCCCCUUUCUUACAUGCCAACCAGAAAGCUCAUUACCCUCAGGCAUUAACAGUGGCUCAGCAUAGACAAGUGAUUGCCUCUACAAAACAAGUUUCAGCAGACAAUGAUUCCCUAAGGGAAAGUUACACUCCUGUUCACCCUCAACCUUUGCCCCCUCCAAAUCCAGCUUUCUUUGAGCAAGCUUCUGGUUCUGUUCAACCUACUACGAUCGCUUGGUCACAUCAGAGUAACUCUCAUUCACAAUUGCCGAGUCCUUUUGGAGUUUUACCACAUGAAAGUGUGGUUGGUAGUAGUACGGGCUCGAACUUUAAUCCAGCUCACUUUGCUGCAGCCCAGACAUUAAAUCAUAUUAAUUCGCAGCUAGCUGCUGUGAGUUACAGUGAUACUUCUAAAAGGCUCACUACAAGGCCAAUGCAAUCUCCUCCGUCAAAACCGAUCACCCCUAAUGUUACAAGUUCUGGAUACUAUCAGCAGGCUUCUCCGAUUUCUGGAAACCAAUAUAUUGCUAGCAAAACUCAAGUUCCAAAUGUGAUGGUGCCAUCAGCUAAUAUGUCUAAAGAUUACAAUGCGUCACUGUCCCAUAUACACGCUUCAGUAGCAGCGUUUCCCCCGAGAAUAUCAGAAAAUCAGUCAAGUGAAUUCCAGUCCCCCACGACAAAGAGCAACUCUUCUGUGCCAAACAAAAUAACUGAGAGGAGAGAUAGUGGUCAUGAAUCUACACAGUCCUCUCCCAUUAGUUUUGCUGUAAUGGACUCUAAUCAAAACAGAUCUUCAUCAAAAAUACCUCCGGCGAGGUCAGGUAUUCCUCAGCAGUCACAACUACAACAGCAAUUGUUGAACCAUCAGAAGACUGGAGCGUACAGAGGGUCAACUCCUGAGUCGGAAUACACCCAAGUCUCUGCGGGAAGGAACACUGCUUCUACUGAUGCUGGAUAUUCAUCAGGGUCUAGUGUAGGCCACGGUGGUGUUGAUGCGUCUUUACAAAGGAGUCCAUUAGACUCUCAUGUCACUAGUCCUACCGGUUAUCCAGCGUAUCACAGCCCAAUGACUUCUAUGUCCUCCCCUUCACCUGUUCAGCAACACGUUGACCAAAAUGUAAGCUACAGACAAAACCCUUCUCCUCAAUUCAACCCUACGUCACCUUUAGACGCUUCUUUAUCCAGGCAUCCCUCGGUUAUAACAAGAGGUGAUCCAAAAUAUGCUAAUGAUACGUUUCCCCCAAAACAGUGUUGGGAUGGGACUGAACAACUCAGAAGUCAAAAUUAUUCUAAUUAUUCAUCGGAUGUCUCUCCAAAUCCCAGUAAUAUUUCAAUCCAGCACCAACGAACAUCUCACAUGGUAACAGACAGGCACCAAGAAUAUUUAGCCUCUGGCAAUCAAAGUAUCAAGGGAGAUCCCAUGACUAUUGUUAAAAACUUGCAAAAUCUACAACAGCAUUGUCAACCCCCUCCAGUCACUACAGAUAUUAAAGUAGAAUUUGAAAACCCAAAUCCUGCCAUCAAAAACUGUGGCUCACCAUCAAAAAGGAAAAAGAGCAUUGAUAGUAAAAUACUAGUUGCUCAACCAGAUCCUUCAAAUAGAGUUCCUCCUCCUGCUCAUUUAAAUCAACCGCAACAGAAUAGUGGUGGCGUGGAACAUAACUCUCAGAAACCAGAAAUCUCCACAUUUACACCUCAAAACACUCCACAUCCUGAUUCAAAACCCACAAAUGUGCCAUUUCACCCUCACGAUGUCUCACAUUCUGGAGGCCAGAUAUCUUAUCUUACUUCUCAUAAAAUGCCCAAAUCACAAGAUCAAAAGAACAUUAACCCUAACUUACAAAGUAAAUCUUCUGCAACGAAUCCUAACCAAUACAACAUCAAUGAUAGAUUACCGAAGGUUGAUGUUGAAGACACGCCGAUUGCAAAAGUUAUUGUUCCCGAUGUUGAAGAAGAAUUAGGGUUUUUAGCUGAAACUCCUAAUCCCAAUCCAAAACCAAAUAGUGCCAUCAUGAAUAUUCCUCCAGUAAAGCUGUAUACAAAUCCAAAAAGCAGCUUCAUGGAAAGUUACCUAAAAUUUAUUCAGGGUGAGAAGGAAUCGUCUCCCCCUCCUAGACAAAAGCCUGCCAGGCUCAGAUAUGUACCUAUGAGUAGAAAACCUCAGCAAGAAAAACAACAAUUAAAGAAGGCAAGAAAGAAAUCCAAAACACCUCCGCCAUUACAGAGCGAUGUAGAAGAAGAUGUGGAUGAUCCGAGAUACUUUCCUUUGCCUAAAGAUCCAUCAAGUAGGAAGUUAAACUCAAGUGACUCUGAGGAGACGGAUUAUGAUAAUCUAAUACCAGCUGUUGCACACAAGACGAGUUCAAACAAUGCUUCUAGAGAGGCAACCGAUAAUGAGGAGCAAAAGAAAUCUAGUAAAAGAGUACCAAAAGUCAAAAGGAAAUCUCAUCUUACCAGGAAGAGAAAAAGGAGCUCAUCAGAAGAGUCACAAGAACCAUUACCGGUACCUACGCGUAGAAGUGCUAGAAGAAAAGCAAAAGAGACUCCUAGUCUCGAUGAAAAACUUGAUGAACUAUUCUCAGGCAAUUCGGAUUCUGACCAGGCUUGGAGUCCAGAUGAGGAUUCUGAUGACGAAGAUGAGUAUGGCAAAGCUUUUGGAAGUGGAAGACGAAGAAAAUCUAAAGCAUUGUCAGGUUCUCGGUUUUUGGAGUCAUCCGAUGAAGAAAAGAAGUCUAAACCAAAAGCUGAAGUUGUCGAUGUGUCUGGUAUUUGCCCAGUGUGUAACAGCAACUUUGCAGACGACCCGACAGAUGCAGUAAAAUGUUCCAGCUGCAAGAAUCAGUUCCACUGCAGUUGCCUUAGUCUGCAGACAAUGCAGCGAGUGCUGAAGAUGGGCUCGAAGCGCGGCACAUGGCGUUGCGACAGCUGCAAAUCAGCCCCAGCCAGAGGUGGAUCGAAGGGUUCCCAAAAAAUUCGUAAGAGAGAGACCAGAAGAGCAGUGAAAGCUUUUAAGGCAACCAAAGAGAAGGAAGAAAUUGAUGCCACUCUAGGCACCGAAGAUUACUUCCCUUUUAAGUCUGGGGAGUUCAUUGUCGUGAAAGAAGAGUUGACAGAAAAAUAUCCAGCUCUGUGGCGAGUGGACGGAAAAACACUGCUGCAAAAGUACGAGUCCUUCGAUCAGAACGGAGAAAAGCUUUACCGAAAUAUUUCUACUUACUCUGGAUGGACUCCUCAGAACAGGGGCAUUUACCAGAAAGUUCCUGUGCAGUUCAUAGUGCAAAGUCGCUCAGAAACCAUUGUCAGAUUCCUCAGAUCAGAAAUGGUCGAUCCUGCUGUCGAACAGGCUUACUUGGAACAUUCUCUUCUGCAAACAGCCAAGUAUCAGGACAAUUUUGAGGUCUACAUUCAAACUCUUAUUUCUCAAGCACUGGAUGCUAACUUCCUGGCUGAAAUAUUUGCUGAGAAAGACGAGUACUUCCUUCAGAACGUGGAGGUGAUAGACAGGUUGACGGAGGAGCGACGUGUACGGCUGGUGGCUGCGGUGGGCUGGCCGGUAGAGUCAGCGUUGCAGCGAAGUGUCACGACAUGGCCGUGUUACAACGUGUUGGCUGAUCUCAAGGCAGGUCCGGUACCAGUGUGUGACGCCUGCGAACGCAACAUGGUGCAUGCUAGGAUCAUACUGUACGGCCAACCCUACAACCCCAACACUCUGGACGGAUGUGAGGUGGAGAACAACAGGAAUGAGAAGGAUUUCAUGAUAUGCCUGGAGUGCAUCAAGUUUGUGCAACUGUACAACAAGCUUGUACAUCAGAAGUACAUCAUGUAUAUAGAUUGUGUUAAGAGAGUUCAGGAGAAACGCAAGACUGAUUCAGGAAAGGAUACAACAGUUAUCCUCAAUGAGUUAUUGGCUGAUGAGGAAUGGCUGAGCAAGCUUUUCCGCCAAGUGAGAACUGUUUGGGCUGAUGUUGAAAAAGCUGAGCGUGAAAAAAAGAAGAAACUAGGAUUACCUGUGGAGCCUCCGGGUGGAGUACCCAAUGAAGAACAAGGCAAGGAUGUUGAAGCUGCGGAACAAGGGGAUAAUGAAGAUGAUGUAGUUAUAGAAAAAGCGUUGGUAACAGAAAUAAAGGUGGAGAAAGACUCUGAUGCAGAAGAAGGAGAAACCUUUGGCAAAGAAGAUGAUGUUAAUGAUGUGACCGUCUCCAUCGUGCAAGAAGGAAGUUCUGUCUCCAUCAUGCAAGAAGGAAGUUCUGUCUCCAUCGUGCAAGAGGGAAGUUCACAAGCUACAGAGCAAGUGGCCGAGGUAGAGACACCUGUAGAAGAUGUAAGUAUUGAGAGAGUCCAAUGUGAGUCUUAAAACAUGCACUGGUUCAGCUCAGCUUUCUGUGAUUCAAUCAUUAUGUACAUAACAGAUAAAUAUCUAAUGUUAAACAGUACAAUUGCUGAAUGUUAGCUACUAGAGACUCACUGGAUACGUCAUGUGAUGAAAAUGUGACAGUCAAAUUGUAGACGAUUUUGGAUUUUCCUAUUUUACUUUAGUUUAUGACUACAGUAAUUUAUUUUACAAUUCCAAACAAUAUUAAACACUAAUCAAUUGAGACUGUAAUCGACCUAAAUAACUGUAGGAUCAGAGAUUUGAUGCGGGCUUUAAAAUUUAAAUGUGCCUGGUCAAAAGUAGCAGAUCUUGUAACAAAGCCUUUUAACACCCAUGCUUCUUUGUUCGUUAAAAACACACCCUGGUGUUAAACCAUCAUAAAUAUAAUCUAAUAAACAGUUGUGGAUUUAUUCUUUUUCUUUGAAACUGUCAAAUAUAUCUGUUAUUUAUAGAGGAAUAAACUCCCAUGGAGCAAACAAAAGCUUUUGAAUUUUUUGUGUCAAGUUAGGCUAUACACAAAAGUUAGUAUGUACCUAUGUACAUUAACUUCUAUUGAAUCAUCAAUACUAUUACUGUACCUGUAAACGCCACUAUAACAUGUACCUUCUAAAAAGUUACUCAUAGGAGGUAUGAAAUCUACUUAAAAGAACUAUUUAUUUUGUUAAUUUUUUUAAUAAAGUAUUUUUUACAUUUUAUGUUGUAGGCCUAACACAUCUUCUAAUACAAUAUUAGUGAUGUGUUGGUCGCAAUCAGUUCAGUUUUUGUUUGUUUUGUUUUAUUGGAAAUUGUUUGUCGGUUUUAAAUUAUUAAAAAUUACCACCCACUUGUAUUUUUGUCUCAGCCACACUAAUGAUAAUUUUCUACAAGGUUUACUGUUUGGGGUGGUAGGUUUAUUUUGUUACAGGAAUUAUUGCAAGUAAAACUUAAGUUUGGAUACUUGUAAUGUAUAUAUAUGUUACAGGCAAAGUAUAUAAUCCUGUCAUUCUACAGUUGAACCUCGUUUGUACGAACCUCGAUAAAACAAAUUCCUCGAUAUGACAAUUUUUUUUAAAUCCCCUUGACACUUUCAUAUAGGCUAGGUCAUUGCUAAAAACACCUCUAUACAACAUAGUAAUUAAGUUAAAAACCUCCAUAAGACAUGGGCUAGGACUGAUUAACCUCCAAACAACGAAUAUUCUUAGCACAAAACCUCUACAAAACGAACGUGACCUCUAUAAGUCGAAUUUCUCAUAAUCUUAACCUCCAUAACUGUAGUUUUCAAAACAAACAGAAGCUUGUCUCAACAUGAAACCCCUAUCCAUCCCUCCUUCCUCAGUCAUUGUUUGGAGAAACCUCAAUAAGAAGAAUAACAGCAGCAUUAAACCUCGAUAAAACGACCCUCUUUAUUAAGAAUACCUCUAUAUUACAAAUUUUUCCCAUACCCCUUGAAAUUUGUCUUAUAGAGGUUCAACUGUAUAGAAUUACCAAUGCCUCAAAUAAACAGGAAAAAUAUGAAAUAGAGCUUAUUAUAUACCUUGCCUAGUCAUUCUAUAGGAUGCCUGUUGGCACUGAAAACUUUAAGCAAAGUAUAAAACACACUGAUGUUGGGCUUUUUUUAUACUUUUGUUCUCUUGUUUGGCAUAAAUCUAAUCUAAAAUAAACUAUAACCAUUUAGACAAUAUUUAAUUAUUCUAAAGAAUUUUUUAAGACUUUUCCAAAUAAUAAAUUAACCUAAUUAUACAUAAAAUAAAUCAAUCCUGUUAAAUACCUAAAUGUUUAUUUUUUUACCAACAUUGAAACAUCUUUAUUUUAUACUUUGCCUGACAUUGAAUGCCUAGGCAACGCCUAGUCAAGGUGUAUAAAAUCCUAUCAUUAUUAUUCUAUUUGAUACUUUGCUCAAAAGCUUCAGCCAAUGUAGAGAGCGCUUGCAUUAUAUGGUUUGCCUGUAACAUAUACAUUAUUCAUCCUCUAGAACCAAACACGACGUUUGUUUAUAUGUAAGUUGAAGUUCGUUUAUAACUAAUUGAAAAAUAUAGCUAUGUAAAUACUGUAAAUAUUAAUUUGUCUAACUGUUUGGUUUGAAUAGUGAAUAGAAUAGAACAGAUCAGACAUCACAUAGAAAAAAUCUUAUUUCAAUGAAUCUAUAACUAUUGUUGUUUUGUAUGUUGUGUAUAUUAUUGAUUCUAUUGCUACGUUACCCUUGUUAAUUGUCAUAAAUCUAUACAAUCAUAGUACACCACAUAUACAUAAGUAAGAUUAAUUUAGUACUAGUGAUUAAACUAUAAUGUAAUUAUAUAUUUUGGUAAACCGUUUUCUACAAAAUUUUGUCUAAGCUAACUUCUAGAUAUGUGUCGUAAUGUAAAUAUGUAUAAUAUACGUUAUUAAUUACUUUGUACCAAGUAUGCUUUAUUUUAAGAAUUUCUUUUCUGAAACAAAAUAUAUAGGCUACCUGAUGAAUCUUUUUGAUCAGUUGUAUUUUUCAUGCACUUGUACAAAUGGAAACAACAUCAUUGAACAUUAUAGAAUUGUGUAAAUAA